AAUCAAACAGAUCUGUUAGUUAUAUUGACAAUGAGAAUAAUAAAGAAAGUAAAAUUGUCGAACGCCGAGAAGCGAAAGGCACAGGGUACCAGAUUUAAUAUUUGCGGCGUUGAGCCGGGUGUCUUCCAUGUUCCCAUUUUAUGCUUUUACCCGGCACAACGUUGCAGGAGACCGCCAUAGUGUCGAAUUGACCAAUCAAAUUGCUCCUUGGUCUGGUGGGGAUAACCUGGUAGAACAUAACUUGUACUGGAUAGGAAUACAGAGGACAUACUGUGUACGGAAACGGAAAGUCACGAAUUAUCUUUGCACGGUUUGAAGUAACAAAGAAACGUAAACUCGGAUAGCGCGCAGGAAAUAAUUGACUCCAGAGAGUAAAACUAGCUCGAAAUCGGAUAGCAGGAAAUUUUUCGAAGAGAGAGGAAGCUUGAGUUGCCGACACUGAAGCGUGGAAGGGUCUCGAAGUUAAUUAGAGGCAAUCGUGUGAAAAUAGAGGUGUGCGGCUUGUAAUAUUGGAUAGAAGUGUUCGGAAAAGUUUGACAAGAUGAGCAUAAAACUGGCAGAGAAGAAAGAAACCGUGAUAAAAAAUUCGACCGGUGGAAUCGGAAACGUGGUCAAUAGUUCGGAUGACGUUUGUAAUGGGACCGUCGAGUGGCAAAAUGGACAGAAUCUUCUCGUUGUUACGCAGGACACGCAGGGCAAAGAGCUAAUUGCGAUCGCCGACAAUCAGACGAUUAACGUUGCUGUUGACUCCUAUUAUCCGCUCAUUAUAGUAGUUUAGCGAUAAAGCAGAAUCCCUUAUUGGCGGAGGCUUACAGCAAUCUUGGCAAUGUUUUCAAGGAGCGUGGUCAACUACAGGAAGCUUUAGAAAACUACAGGCAUGCCGUUAGAUUGAAACCAGAUUUCAUUGAUGGUUACAUCAAUCUAGCAGCUGCAUUGGUAGCUGCUGGAGAUAUGGAACAAGCGGUUCAAGCAUAUGUGACUGCUCUACAAUAUAACCCCGUGAGAAAUCCAUUCUGAUUAUUGAUAUUUCUUUGUAAUCCUUUGUAUAUUAUCACACUUGCAUACGUUUAAUUUAUCUGAGCAAAUGCUACUACAUUCUUUGAAAAGACUCGGCAUUAUGGAAUAUAUAUUUUAUGCAUUCAUAUGUUGCAGGAUCUUUACUGUGUGAGAAGCGAUCUUGGUAAUCUUUUGAAAGCAUUAGCAAGACUUGAUGAAGCCAAGGUAGGUUUUCUUCAUCUGUUACACAUUUCUGUAAAUUAAUUUGACGUGUCACGCACAUGAUUGGGUGCAUCAAUACCACAGUCAAAUACUAAAGAUGUUGAGCAUUGCUGUGUUGUUUCAUCAAAUUUUGUUUUUGACUAGAUAUGGAUGCAUUUCGUAAAAUGUGCACGAGUGCUAGCUGGCAGCUCCACAGAAUAG